UCCUUCCCGGCGCUCUGAUUGGUGCAUUCGACUACGGUGCCUGGGUUCAAAUUUUCAACGGUACUAAGUGAGUCCCGCGGCUGGCUUGCCGGCGCUUCGUUGUCAGAACCGAGGCUAACGAGGAGAGGUUCUUGAUAAAGAAGUAUCUGUCAGACUUCAAGAUUUCAGAAAAGAGGUGAAAGAGUAUAUUACAACUUUGAUUAAAGCCUGUAGGCAAGUUGAUGACAGAUUGAUCAAACCAUAGAAAGUGUCCUGUGAGAAAAGUGAUACGAACAUUGGGAAAACUUGCUCUUCUGUGCUAAGCGAAUGACAAUGUCACACGUUAAAACCUCUUAUUCCUACGAUGCCCCCAUGGACUUCAUCAAUUUUACAUCUUUGGAUGAUGAAGAAGAUACUCAAAACAUAGAUUCGUGGUUUGAGGAGAAGGCCAAUUUGGAGAAUAAGUUUCCUGGGAAGAAUGAGAUAGGAGGACUUUUUCAGGGCAAAACUCCUUUGAAAAAAGCUAAUCUUCAGCAAGCUCUUGUCACACCUCUGAGGCCAGUGGACAACACUUACUACAAAGAGUCAGAAAAGGAAAAUCUCGUGGAGCAAUCCAUUACAUCAAAUGUUUGUUCUUCCUUAGAAGUAGAGGGAACCAUAUCAAAAAAUACUCCAGCUCAACCUCAGAGAAGAUCUCUUAGACUCUCUGCUCAGAAGGAUUUGGAAAAAAAAGAAAAAUGCCAUGUAAGAAUGAAAGCCAAGAGAUGUGCCACUCCUGUAACCAUCAGUGAAAUUCCACCCUCCAAAAAAAUGAAAGUUUCCAACAAUAAAAAGCCAGAGGAAGAGAAAGAAGGUAGUGCCCAUGAAGAUACUUGUGAGAAGAAUGAAUCCCUCCCAGAGAAAGCCAAGGGCAGACGAACUGCGCCUUGCAUGCCACCAGUAAAACAGAAGGUUCUCAAAAGUACUGAAGAGCAGGAGUUGGAGAAGAGAAUGAAAAUGCAGCAGGAGGUAGUGGAAAUGUGGAAAAAGAAUGAAGAAUUCAAGAAACUUGCUCUUGCAGGAGUAGGACAACCUGUGAAGAAAUCAGUGAGCCAGGUCACCAAAUCAAUUGACUUCCACUUCCGCACAGAUGAGCGAAUCAAACAACAUCCUAAGAACCAAGAGGACUAUAAAGAAGUAAACUUCACUUCUGAAUUGCGAAAGCAUCCUCCGUCUCCUGCUCAGGUGAAUAAGGGAUGUACCAUUAUUAAGCCUUUCAACCUGUCCCAAGGAAAGAAAAGAACAUAUGAUGAAACAACUUCUACGUAUGUGCCCCUUGCACAGCAGGUUGAAGCCUUCCAUAAACGAACUCCUAACAGAUAUCAUUUGAGGAGCAAAAAGGAUGAUAAUAGCCUGCUACCCUCCAAAUCUUCCGUGACCAAGCUCUCCAGAGACCCACAAACCCCUGUACUACAAACCAAACAGCGCGUCAGGCCUGUGACCUGCAAAAGCACAGCUGAUCAGGAGGCUGAGGAGCUUGAGAAACUGCGACAAUACAAAUUCAAAGCACGGGAACUUGAUCCCAGAAUUCUUGAAGGUGGGCCCAUCUUGCCUAAGAAACCACCUGUGAAACCACCCACUCAGCCUAUUGGCUUUGAUUUGGAAAUCGAGAAAAGAAUCCAGGAGCGAGAGUCCAAGAAGAAAUCAGAGGAUGAACACUUUGAAUUUCAUUCCAAACCUUGCCCUACUAAGAUCUUGGAAGAUGUUGUGGGUGUUCCUGAGAAGAAAGUACUUCCAAUCACUGUCCCCAAGUCACCAGCCUUUGCAUUAAAGAACAGAAUCCGAAUGCCCACCAAAGAAGAUGAGGAAGAAGAACCAGUAGUGAUAAGAGCUGUACCUGUGCCACAUUUUGGGGUGCCUUAUAAGCCUCAAAUCCCAGAGACAAGAACUGUGGAAAUAUGUCCUUUCUCCUUUGAUUCUCGAGACAAGGAACGUCAAUUACAGAAGGAGAAGAAAAUAAAAGAACUGCAGAAAGGGGAGGUGCCCAAGUUCAAGGCUCUUCCCUUGCCUCAUUUUGAAACCAUUAACCUGCCAGAGAAGAAGGUAAAGAAUGUGACCCAGAUUGAGCCUUUCUGCUUGGAGACUGACAAGAGAGGGGCUCUGAAGGCACAGACGUGGAAGCACCAGCUGGAGGAAGAACUGAAACAGCAGAAAGAAGCAGCUUGCUUCAAGGCUCGUCCAAACAUUGUCACCUCCCAGGAGCCCUUCAUUCCCAAGAAAGAGAAAAAAUCAGUUGCUGAGGGCCUCUCUGGUUCUCUAGUUCAGGAACCUUUUCAGCUGGCCACUGAGAAGAGAGCCAAGGAGCGACAGGAGCUGGAGAAGAGAAUGGCUGAGGUGGAAGCACAGAAAGCCCAGCAGUUGGAGGAGGCCAGGCAGCAGGAGGAAGAACAGAAGAAGGAAGAACUGGCCAGGCUACGGAAAGAGCUGGUACACAAGGCAAAUCCAAUACGCAAGUACCAGGUUGUCGAGGUAAAGCCGAGUGACCUGCCUCUGACUGUGCCCGUAUCUCCCAAGUUCUCCACGCGAUUCCAGUGUUAGUCUCACCUGUGAACUACAGGCACCAUGUGGCAGUGGGAGCCGCUCUUUAUACUGAACCAGAAGCCUUCGACAUGAGGCGGGAGAGAGAACUCGUUUCUCCAGACUUUGACCUGCUGCGCCCGAUAGCGCACACGUGACAACUGCGGACUCCAACUUUGUCGAGAGUUGUUUUCUUACACUAUUGAGUCUAAUACUGAGACUUGGUUCAUAUACAUUUUGAUCAGACUCCAUAUAGUUAUUUUCUUUAAACCAUCAGUUAGCCUUUAAUGUGGGUCUUAAUUUUGCCUAGAAUUUAAGGUCUGUGUCAACAUAGUGUAAUCUCUAUUGUCCUUUAUUCCCCUCUUUUUUUUAUUUUAAUUAGAAAAUAAAGAUAGAUAAAUCUUGAGAUAGGGUUUAAGUCAUGGUUUAAAUGAGAAAUGCUACCUAUUACUUCUCUGCACAAAAUGAGUUCAAGUUAUGGAGCCCUUUGCUGCGAGGACAGAAAAACCUCACAGAAGCAGGUUGGUAAGCUUGGGCGGAGCCGCUGUUGGGCCCAUUUUUCCUUGUAGGUGCUGACAGCAACAGGUAAUGGUGCAGCAUACAUUUUACAACCUGGCUUGGAAUAAAUGUUUUACCUUCCCCUCCCUGAUUCUGUAAUUUUGUUUUCUUUUUUAGGUUUUUGCCAUAGGGCAUAUGAAGUCACUGGAGAGAGAGAGGGAGAGA